AUGGAGCAUGGACACGAUUGCAAUGGUCUGGACUUGCAAUAUACGCAGUAUCAUCAUAAUACGAGCAUUGAUUCGUGGCAGACGUCAGGACCGAAUCUCGGGAUCCCCCAGCUGAACAUAUCCAGCCAGCCUUUUCUUCCUGCAACCAGCCUCUCGGACGCCCUAAUUCAGCAUGAUGAGACUCAACACCACCGUGACGCUGUCUGCAACUACCUCCUGGUUCCGAAAGACUUAUGGGCCGCCUUGUUCCAAACUCCAAGCGUGUCUCCGGCUCAGAAGGUUCUGAGUGAUUAUCUCAUACACAUCUACGGACCUUUGCCCCCGGGGCUUUGGCACUGUCUCUUGUGCUUGAGGGGUAACCUCCAGUUCGACCAGCUGCAAGACGAUCUGGUGGAGAGGGUAUCGGCUCUCCCUGCUUCACGACUACAUUCAAGAUCAGGAUCUUCCACAUCUCGGUUAGAACGAGGGUCCCCAGAGAUGUCGCGUAACCUUGGAUCGUUCCACCCGACGCCCGGGCAUAGCCCCAGCGAUAGCAGUCCAUGGCCGAUGGUAGACCCCACUAUCCAAACACAACCAGGCACUCCAAUGCCACUUUCGAUUGUACGAAGCCGCACAAACUCCAAAAGCCCAUACUCGAAAGAUAACCGGAAAGGAAGAGCUCCCCCAGGGCAGAGCUUUUACUGUCCUGUGCUAGAAUGCACACAUUCCCCCUUCAGAAAUACGGGAAACUAUCUCAUUCACUUAGAUCGAUUUCAUCCUGAUUAUCCGAAGCACGACCCGUCUGAAGCGCUGAGAUGUGAUCAGGCCCUUAGUGGCCCUGACGCUGAAGGAACCAUGUCUAGUACCACCUUGGCGAUUGCUGAGGACACGUUCGAGUCUUCUGUUGCACCUGAUGAAGGUCUUUCAUUUGGACGUUUCCAAGAGACUCUUCAGUGGCCCAACUCACGAACACCGUAA